UUCACUUGUAUACUUUUUAUCAAACAAACAUUUAAUUAUAUUACAUGAUUCAUCUCUUGAAUACAAUAAAUUAUGUGAGGAUUGCUGCUAUGGCCUCCUGCUAUCCGACUUCAAAUUCUCGCAUCCUAUCCAAGACUACAAUGGUUAACAUCUCUCUAGCUUACAACCUGGUGGUUGACAUCUCCAAUAUGGGCAAUAUUUCACCCUCUUCAAAAACUUUUGGUGAUCCUUUUGUCCUUGAGGCCGUAGUGAACUCUCCACUCAAAAAGUCCUUUGCGUAUUUAUUAUGCAAACCCUUGAAGGGGUUCUUCUGUUAUGGCUGAGAAAUGCAUCCCCCGUGCUUCCUCUAUUCUAGAAGUGGUGCUUGGUCGAGAGGUGUUGGACAACAUCUACUUUGAAAGGAAAGGAUUAAUUUGCAGGUUUAGUCACUUAUGACCAGCGCUUUCUGAGUUGCAUUUUUCGAUUCCAAGGCACUAGAACCUAGUGAUCUUUGGUAAGGUUGAGGUUUACUAUGGAUGUGCUUGUGAUAAAUCUCAAGUAAUUUAUUGGAGACCCUUCCACCACCUAUUUUAAUCAAAACCAUUGACACUGAUUGUCCUCUACAUAUGCUUCAGGUAAUUAUUGAAAAAAUUAGUUUCUUCUCUUGUGGCCUAUUUUCCUCUUUUAAUUUUUUUCCAGUUCUUCCUAAGUACCUUUUAUACACAUUAAAUUUUCAUUUUAUUUCUUCACUUUUUUACCAAUAAAUAGUUGACAACAAUUCUCUUAUAAUGAAUUUAUAUCACCUUCCUUUGGCAGCUUUGUGUGCCUUCACUUUUCCUUUUAUCUCCUUUGUUAUGACUUACUUAUCUCAUACAACUUGGGACUAUUGUGUCCUUUGCUUUCAAGAAGUCUCCACACAAUUUAUGUUCCUUCGAAUCUUUUGCUUGAUAGCUUAUAAAAAUCACCUUCAAAUUUCUAAUUUAUAUCAAGAUUUUUCUUUUGAAUUUGGUGAAUUAACAAUAUUUUUUAAAUAGUUUCUUUAUAAAGUUUCAAUUGUUCACCUAUUAUCUUCUCUAGUCUACCUAUAUUGUUCACGGCUUGAAUUGUUCACCUAUUAUCUUCUCUAUCCACCUUUAUUGGCAGAACAAAUCUGUAAUCCGAAUAGUAGUCUCUAUAUUGGCAGAACAAAUCUGUAAUCCAAAUAGUAGAAAUUUUCCAAAUAAUACUCUACUAAUUUCAAUUGUUCACCAUCUUCUCUAGUCUAUUAUCUUCUCUAAUCCACCUUUAUUGGCAGGGUGAAUGUGUAAUCCAACUGGUAGAAACUCUCAACAAAUAAUACUACUAACUGCAAAGGAGUUAGUAGCAAAAAUAUCUGCCACUUUUUGUGCUUAGCAUUGUCUGUUGCGUCCUUUUAGGCUUUUUGCUCACCACUUGCACGAGUUAACCAGCAGUUUUUCAUGCAUAUGGAUUUAAUACUUUUAUGUAGCUGUUGACGUGUUGAUUUUCAACUAAGCUAAGCAAACAAACACAGCUAGAUUUUAAAAAUGGGAUUAGCAGCAACCCUUCUUUGGUAAGUCUAUCAAAAUAAUCCGAUGAUUUUGCAGUAAAUUAUGCAGCAAGUGGGACAGAUGGGGUCCCCUUCUUAGGAUAUUGCAUAGAUUUAUGCGUUUAUUUCUAUAAAGUAUUUGAUAUCUGCUUAGCAUUUGUUUGAAUGUUAAAUUUCGUUUCUCGUUACAUUGCCUUGUCGUCACGUUUCUCAUUUCUGGUAACAUAGCUCUGGGUUGCUUUCUUAUUGUACCGCUGGUGUUUUUUAACCUUAGUUUUCUUGCUGAUCUUAUUGUGUAUAAUUGAUUUUUUUUUACUGCAGUCCCUUUUUUUUUGGACUACAUAUUUCUUUCCUAACCUAUUUACCUACAUCAAUACAUUUAUUAUUGUCAAAAGCCUACGGUCAAAAUAAUCGGAUUGCAAUACAAAGUCCACAAGUUCAAAUAGUUAUUAAAAGAUGACAUAAACAAUAUUAUAUAGAACUCUUCAAGCUUUUGUUGUAGACUAUCAGAAAGUGGAAUAACGCUUCAUUCAUUGUUCCGUAUCAUGUAAUCAUACGAGCCCUGAAAUUGAUUGUCCGCCUUCAAAGUUCAAACUUGUGUACAUUGCACGUUGAUAUGUAAUAUAUUGUCAUUUUGUUCUCUACCCAAUUAAAAUGUCCAGAAACUGCGUUUGCUGCAUACCAAUCACAACAGAUAACAAGACAGCUAGGUACUUAAUGGGAUAUUUCUGGUGCCAAUGUGAUAAAUAAAAGAAUGGCCUAAAGCGGGUCAAAUAAAUACUCUGAGAGUCACCCCACACGGUGAUUUAGUACAGGUUGGAAUUCCAACUAGACAUUUAUGAUAGAGACAAUAAGUAAAAACAGCUCUCAAUAGGAGGCACUAAAUGAAGAUAUAGUCAAUCUAUAAUUAAGUGGAGAGUUAUAGCUCAUGUGCGUCUAGGUCAUCAUGUCGGAGCACUUCAAAGGAAAGACGCGUAAACGCAUUAAUUUUGGACCGGCGAGGAACUAUAAAGUUUACGCUAGCUAGGUACUCUAAUUUCAUGCCCAUAUCUUCCAUCUGUGUAAAUCAAUUACAUUGUGAAAAGUGAGAAGACAAUGGCAAUGCUUGUUGGGUCAUUACUUGGAUUGCUUGUCAUGUUAUCGGGUUGCUUUUUGGAUGUAAAAGCAGCGCCUGCGUACUUCGUGUUUGGAGAUUCACUGGUGGACAGUGGCAACAACAAUUACAUCGCCACCACUGCAAGAGCCAACAGCUAUCCUUAUGGAAUAGAUUACCCCACUGGCAGACCCACCGGCCGAUUCUCAAAUGGGCUCAAUAUGGCGGAUAAGUACGUAUUUCAACUAGGGGCGGAAUCUGUGCUACUAUAUUUGAGUCCUUCACUUAAUGGGGAUGCAUUGCUCAGGGGUGCUAAUUUCGCUUCUGCAGGCGUUGGGAUUUUAAACGACACUGGAGUGCAAUUCGCAAAUAUCAUUAGGAUGCCACAACAGCUCCAGAAUUUCGUUCAAUAUAAAAACAGGGUGGCGCAGAUCCUUGGAGUUGAUGAAACUGACAGACUUGUUGCAGAGGGUCUCAUGUCGAUUACCCUUGGAGGAAAUGAUUACGUCAAUAACUACUACCUCCUCCCUGUCUCAGCGAGAUCCGUUCAGUAUACAUUAGAGGAUUACACUCAGUUAAUAGUCUCCGAAUAUGAGAAAAUUCUCGGGCAAUUGUACGAUUUGGGUGGAAGAAGGGUGCUGGUAACAUCAACAGGGCCACUGGGGUGUGCUCCUGCAGUGAAGGCCAGUAGGUCUAGAAAUGGCGAAUGUGCUGCAGAACUUCAGCAGGCUGCUUCGCUUUUUAACUCACAGCUGAGAUCUGUUGUAAAUCGACUCAACGAUGAGGCGUCUGCUCAGGUUUUCACCUUCUCCGACAACUACUCAACGAACAUGGGCUUGUUCAGUGAUCCUGCAGCAUACGGAUUUGUGAAUACGGCGGAUGCAUGUUGCGGACAAGGAAGCUACAAUGGUGUCGGCCUUUGCACUGCGGCUUCAAGUCUGUGUAGAAACAGAGAUGCAUAUUUGUUCUGGGACAAUUACCACCCAUCUGAGAAGGCCAACAGAAUCAUUGUUGACGAGUUUUUUGAGGGCUCAUCUUCUGUCAUGAGCCCUCUUAACCUUAGACAGAUGAUGAAACUAGACGACUGAUUCGUGACCCAUAGUUGCAAGACAGGGCAGAUAAAUAAUACAUGGACCACCUUCUCAUUUAUUUUCCACUCUAGCGAAUUGUGCUCAAGGGCUUUUCUCUCCAUUAUUUAUUAGUGACAAAAAAAUUUAAAAGUUCUGUAACAAAAUAUUCAUUGCAGCCAUCGUGAAUGUGACAAUGCUCAUCCUAUAGAGGUCAAUAAGAAAAUGGUAUUCAUUAUUCUGUACCAUCCAGGAAAUUUAAUGUGUUCUUCUUUGUUAUCCAUUCGGCGUGUGCCAAACUAUUCAUCCAAAUUUAA